AUAAUCUCCGCUCCCAGACUACUCCGUUCCUCCGGAUUUCGAUCCCCCUUUUUCUAUCUGUCAAUCAGCGCCGCCUUUGAACUGAAAAGCUCUCAGUCUAACUUCAACUCUCUCAAAUCCGAGCGGCACGAGCUCCUCCUGUAUCUUCGGCUUCCCCCCCCCUUUGCUCUUUAUAUCUGACUUCUUGUUGUUGUUGGUGUUUUUUUUUUUUACCCCCCUUUUUUUUAUUUAUUAUUUUUUUGCACAUUGAUCGGAUCCUUGGGAACGAGAGAAAAAAGAGACCCAAACUCACGCGUGCAGAAGAUCUCCCCCCCUUCCCCUCCCCUCCUCCCUCUUUUCCCCUCCCCAGGAGAAAAAGACCCCAAAGCAGGAAAAAAAAAAAGUUCACCUUGGACUCGUCCUUUUCUUGCAAUAUUUUUUUGGGGGGGGAGGGAAAGCGAAAACUUUUUUUUUUUUGAGGGGGUGAUUUUUUUUUUUUUUUGGCUUUUCUUCCUCGUUUCAUUUUUCUUCCAAAAUUGCUGCUGGUGGGUGAAAAAAAAUGCCGCAGCUGAACGGCGGUGGAGGAGACGACCUAGGCGCUAACGACGAACUGAUUUCCUUCAAAGACGAGGGCGAGCAGGAGGAGAAGAGCUCGGAAAACUCGUCGGCAGAGAGGGAUUUAGCGGAUGUCAAGUCGUCUUUAGUCAAUGAAUCAGAAACGAAUCAGAACAGCUCCUCCGAUUCCGAGGCGGAAAGACGGCCUCCGCCACGCUCCGAAAGUUUCCGAGAUAAAUCCCGGGAAAGUUUGGAAGAAGCGGCCAAGAGGCAAGAUGGAGGGCUCUUUAAGGGGCCACCGUAUCCCGGCUACCCCUUCAUCAUGAUCCCCGACCUGACGAGCCCCUACCUCCCCAACGGAUCGCUCUCGCCCACCGCCCGAACCUACCUGCAGAUGAAAUGGCCAUUGCUUGAUGUCCAGGCAGGGGGCCUGCAGAGCAGACAGGCCCUCAAGGACGCCCGCUCGCCGUCUCCUGCUCACAUCGUUUCGAACAAAGUGCCGGUGGUGCAGCACCCUCACCACGUCCACCCCCUCACGCCUCUUAUCACCUACAGCAAUGAGCACUUCACGCCCGGAAACCCACCUCCACACUUACCAGCCGAUGUUGACCCCAAAACAGGAAUCCCCCGGCCUCCACACCCUCCGGAUAUAUCUCCGUAUUACCCGCUCUCACCCGGCACUGUAGGACAGAUCCCCCAUCCGCUCGGAUGGUUAGUACCACAGCAAGGUCAACCCGUGUACCCCAUCACGACAGGAGGGUUCAGACACCCCUACCCCACAGCUCUGACCGUCAAUGCUUCCAUGUCCAGGUUCCCUCCCCACAUGGUCCCACCACAUCACACUCUACACACCACUGGCAUUCCCCACCCAGCCAUAGUCACACCAACAGUCAAACAGGAAUCCUCCCAGAGUGACGUCGGCUCACUCCACAGCUCAAAGCAUCAGGACUCCAAAAAGGAAGAAGAGAAGAAGAAGCCCCACAUAAAGAAGCCUCUUAACGCAUUCAUGUUGUACAUGAAGGAGAUGAGAGCCAAGGUCGUUGCCGAGUGCACAUUGAAAGAAAGCGCGGCCAUCAACCAGAUCCUGGGGCGGAGGUGGCACGCUCUGUCCAGAGAAGAACAAGCGAAAUACUACGAGCUGGCCCGGAAGGAGCGACAGCUUCACAUGCAGCUCUACCCAGGCUGGUCCGCACGGGAUAACUAUGGGAAGAAGAAGAAGAGGAAAAGGGACAAACAGCCGGGAGAGACGAAUGAACACAGCGAAUGUUUCCUAAAUCCUUGCCUUUCACUUCCUCCGAUUACAGACCUGAGCGCUCCUAAGAAAUGCCGAGCGCGCUUUGGCCUUGAUCAACAGAAUAACUGGUGCGGCCCUUGCAGGAGAAAAAAAAAGUGCGUUCGCUACAUACAAGGUGAAGGCAGCUGCCUCAGCCCCCCCUCUUCAGAUGGAAGCCUACUAGACUCGCCACCCCCAUCCCCGCACCUGCUAGGCUCCCCUCCCCGAGACGCCAAGUCACAGACUGAACAGACUCAGCCGCUCUCGCUGUCCCUGAAGCCUGACCCCCUGGCCCACCUGGCGAUGAUGCCUCCGCCGCCCGCGCUCCUGCUGGCCGAGGCCGCCCAUGGCAAGGCCUCCGCCCUCUGUCCCAACGGGGCUCUGGACCUGCCACCUGCCGCCCUGCAGCCGCCCAUUGUCCCCUCGUCAUCGCUCGCACAGCCGUCAACAUCUUCCUUACAUUCCCACAGCUCGUUGGCCGGGACCCAGCCCCAGCCUCUCUCCCUUGUCACCAAGUCGUUAGAGUAACUUUGAGCUUCUUUGUCGCGUGCUUCCAAUGGUUUUGCUUCCCCUCCCCCCUACUCGACAGGUUUCGUUUUGUACUUUUGAUUUUGUGCCACGUGGCUACAUGAGUUGAUGUUUAUCGAGUUCAUUGGUCAAUAUUUGACCCAUUCUUAUUUCAAUUUCUCCUUUUAAAUAUGUAGAUGAGAGAAGAACCUCAUAAUUCUACCAAAAUUUUUAUCAACAGCUGUUGAAAGUCUUUGUAGCGUUUAAAAUAUAUAUAUAUAAAUAUAUAUAUACAUAACUGUUAUGUAGUUUGGGUAGCUUAGUUUUAAAAGACUGAUUGAAAAAAAUGAAAAGGAAAAAAAAAAGAGGAAGCGAUUGAAGCAGCCCUCCAGAAGGAGUUGGUUCUGUAUUAUUUGUAGUAAAUAUGAGCUUGCGAACCAAUCAUUUUACAUCUGGUUUUUACACCACAAGCGCACGACUGCAGUGCCAUUACCUUAUUUUGUUUUUCCUUCCCGCCCCCCAUGUGAAACAACUUUUAUUGUGAUGUUCCUUGUUAUUGUUUAAAUGUACAGAAACAAAAGGCUAAAAUGUGUUCAUGUACCUUGCUCCAGGUGUCAUUCUUUUGGGGGUGGGGAGAGGCCACUCAACAGUGAAUGAGUCACCAACGCUGUCGGACCAGUAGUAUUUAUUGCUUUAGAAAUUGCUUGUUGUACCUGUAUGUCGUCCCUUUUUAAAUAUGUUUUCCUUUUUCUUGAAACUGUAUAAAGUCCCCCCUCCCCUUAGCAUAAGCAUCUUAUAUAUAACACUUCAUUUGUACAAGGUUUUUAAGUUUAUAUAUAAAAUGUGUAUAUAUAUUUUUUUCGUUUCUCUUUUGGAGCUUUUGGUUUUUUGUUUGGGGGUUUGUUUGUGUGUGGUUUGUUUUUGUUUUGGUUUUGAUUUUGGUUUCCUGUUUUGCUGUAUGACACCCCGAUGCCGCCAGUGGACAUCAAUAGCUGCAUUAAAGGAUCAGUAGCAUUAACGAGAGUUGCUUUCCACAAGCCAUUCUGUCAAACAAGACUUGAAAAAUGUAGCGGAGGGAAUUUUAGCGACGCUGUCUGAGCAACUGUGGGAACUGCCCCAUGUCCCCCCUCAAACUGCCAGUCAGAUGUCCUGGGCCCUUAGGACGUGGACUGACUGUGUGCAAAACUUCAUGUGCCAAAAUUCUCAGUGACUUUAGCUUUCUCCCUCUUUUUGAUGCUGUAAUUUUCGUUCAUCAUGUUUUUGCUGUGACGUUACAUAGGUAGAUUUGUAUGUAGUUUUAAUGUCACCUAUAACAAAAAUGUGUUUGGUAGCAGAUUGUCCAGAAAGCAUUUUAAAUGAAGAGGUGUAAACCCUUAAGGGCCAAAAUGCUGUAUAUUAGAUUACUCUUAAAGGAAAAAUCAGCUGCCACUUCUAUGUACGCAUAUUACAUACAAGUAGGUAGCGAACUUUAAAAAUAAAAAAAAAAAACCUAGGCAUGUUGAUGUUGCAAAAUGCUGUAUAAAGCCGAGACCUGUUCCUUCCGUGCCAUUGUAGUUGACAUGAAGCGAUUGUAAAACUGUCUCCGAUUUUCUCUGGUUUAUUAAAAAUGCUAACUAUAACAUUUUUUGUGAAUACUUUGAAUGUUUCCUAACAGUUGUGAUGUUACUGUUCCGUUUUAUGCUCUUAUUCCAAGUUCAUUUUUAAUGGUUUGGAAGCCAUUUUUGUAAUGAAUAAAUGUUCAUGCUGUACAGUAUCUGUAGCAUGCCGUUCUGGAUUAAUAAAAGCAACUUAGUGCGUGCAGA